UCCAUUUCGCUUCAUUAGAAGAGCCCAGACGUAAUUCGAAAUAAUAAAGAAGCUCGAUUUCUCGCUUACCUUCUCUUUCCCAGAUUCUCGAAAUUAGGGUUUCUCCAGUUCCUAAUCUUAUAGAAAUCCCCAUUUCCUUCUCUCUCGUCCAUGAUUUAGGGUUUCUGCUUCGCCUUUCUCUUUCCUCACACAUCGAUUUCUGAAAACCCUAGGGCUGAGAGGCCGAAAGCCUGAGAUCGAUUCGGCGACGGCGAUUAUUCCGAUUCCGAUUCAGCCAUGGCGGAGCACUUGGCGUCGAUCUUCGGUACCGAGAAGGACAGAGUGAACUGCCCGUUCUACUUCAAGAUUGGAGCUUGUCGUCAUGGCGACAGGUGCUCGCGUCUCCACAACCGACCCACAAUUUCUCCGACGCUCCUCCUCUCUAACAUGUACCUGCGACCGGACAUGAUCACCCCAGGCGUCGACCCUCAGGGACAGCCUCUAGAUCCCCGUAAGAUCCAGGAACACUUCGAGGAUUUCUACGAGGACAUAUUCGAGGAACUCAACAAGUUCGGCGAGAUCGAGAGCCUCAAUGUGUGCGACAACCUCGCUGACCACAUGAUUGGUAACGUUUAUGUCCAGUUCAAGGAGGAGGAUCAGGCUGGUGCAGCGUUGCAGGCUCUGCAAGGGAGAUUCUACUCCGGUCGACCCAUAAUCGCGGAUUUUUCUCCGGUGACUGAUUUCCGUGAAGCUACUUGUCGGCAGUACGAGGAGAACAACUGUAACCGUGGUGGGUACUGUAAUUUCAUGCACGUGAAGCUUGUUUCGCGGGGGCUGAGGAGGAAACUCUUCGGGAGGUACCGAAGGUCGUACCGGAGGGGAAGCAGGAGCAGAAGCAGGAGUAUAAGUCCCCGACACAAGAGAGAUCAUGACAGGCGUGAUCGCCAAAGGGAUUAUGGGGACCGAGAGUUCUACCGCCACGGAAACGGGAAACGGAGCAGCGACAGGUCAUCAGAUAGGCACGAGAGGGACGGUGGGAGGAGGAGACAUGGAAGCAGGAGCCCUUCGAGGGAUGGAAGCGAGGAAAGGAGAGCAAGAAUUGAGCAAUGGAACCGAGAACGGGAGGAGAAGCAAGAGGGAGGAGCUUAAGGUGUUACUGUUUUGAGCUCAUGUUCAGAUUUUUAUAUAUCGGUAACCUCAAUCCUAAGAUCGGUGUCUUGAAUUUAUGGUUAUUUCGACUAUGGAUCUUCAUUUGGUGUUCUUUCUUUUUUGGAACUUGAUGGGUGGAACCAAUUCCUAGAUGAUAAUGUGGUCGUUUUCUUGUAGUUUUUGUCUUUGUUUACUGCUAGUUCCUGUGGAAAAUGAUUGUUCAGUAUUUACAAGUCAAUGUCUGGACUAGGAAUGUGUCAAGCUUGAUAUUGUUCUCGCUUCUCAUCCAGUGACCACUUUCGAAUUCGGGUUGUGGGUUGCUUGUAUGAUUAGAACAUAUGUUGCCCUUGUCGAUUCUCAGGCCUAACCAUUUUAGCCUUGUCUUGAAGUGUUUUCGAGUUUGCCGUAGUUAAUUCCGGUUUUUGGGUUACUGAUUUUCGCUUCUUUAGGAAGAAACCUAUCGAAAGGAGCCGAGGAAGAAGUCGAAAUCCAAAUCCAGUUGUGGAUAAACGUGUUUUCUAUCCGAAGUUUUACAUUUUGGUGGUCCAAUUGUUUGUCUUGAGUAGUUUUCUGUGAGUCGAAUGUAAUCCGUCCAAGGGGCCGGGGUGGGGUGGCACGUGAAGUUGAUGAUGCAUAUUGGUCGUGACUCUAGUUCAAUAUAGUUUUCGAUUGUCAUUGUGUCGGUCUUUGGUGAUCCUAUUGUUCAACAGGAUGAUGAAUAGAUCAAAAGCACUCGCGUAUA